UCGUUCCAUCAUUGCGCUUUCAACCGUUGUCGGAGAAGGACGUUUAUCGCAAUCGGUUCGUUGUGCUUUUAAUAGUGAUGUAUCUACUCUCUUGUGUGUAGUUCAGAAGAAAUAUCUGUCUGCAAGCUCUUAUUACGUUUUCAAAGAAGAACGUAGCUUACAAGGAUCUAGUAGUACCAAGUCUUAGAUCAAUAGACUUUUUCCAGUGGUGGAAGAUUACAUUGAUGGAACCAAACUCAAAUCGAUAAAAGUGGUGAAAGUGCGCGGGGCUUAAAAGUGACAACGUCGGCCAAUCAGUGGAAGUGAAGGAAAAAAGUGCAAUUUCUCUCUUGAGCUAGUGCUGCUCCCAUUCGUAGCUGGGCACCCCUCCUACUCUUGUUUUCCCAUUAUUGAAAACGAGUGAACGGCGAAGGUGUCAGUGGCUGUAUGGUGUGGAUACCAUGGAGAUAUACAGUUUUAAUGACUUUGUGUGAGAUACAAUCGCAUCAUCAAAAGUAGCAGUAGCAUUUCCAUUGAGUCUGAGCAACCUUAAGAUCUCCCCGAAAUAAAAUUCAGUGAGAAUGGAGAGAAGUAAUAAACAUUGGCUGUUACGCACGCUCACACUAAAGCGAAGGUUUGUGUCAAAAAAGCAACAUUACAUUGUUGCCAGACUUGCUGCUGCCUAGUAAUGCGAGAAUAGCCGCCGUGAACAGUGUUCCCACCAAUAUUACCUUAGCAGCAAAACAAGACAAGAUUGUGAAGCGCAGGGGUGGAAUCGUGUUGGUGAAUAUUCAGGUUGCUCGUCAUUUGCAAAAAGCUGGUGUAUGUUGAACCGUCUGUGAAGAACGGAGGCAGAAAAGAGACACAGAUAUUGAGAGACCUUCGGCUAGAAACGAAACGAGAACCAACACUGUGACAUUAGCUUCAAUCGAGUGAGAUCGAGAUCUCAGACUUAACAUACUUUCUAAAUAUAAUUGACUCUCGACGUGGGAAUCGAACGGACGGAUUAUUUUUGCGUUCCCGAAGUGAGUAAGAAGUGAAGUUUUUUAUUCCACAAUAUCCCGGUGGCUGUGUAAAUUAACGCCGCAGGGUUGUCCUGAAGUGAAGCCUGAGCUCUCAAUGUGAAGUUACAAGUGAAUCCUGUUGGAUAACGGAUAACGGAUGUUGACCAAGUGGUGAAAGUGGAUCGAUUCUUCACUUUAAGAAAGUUUUUCACCGAAAAGUAGGAAAAAGGGAAAAUUCUUCAAUUUUUCUUACACCCCUGUGGGUGUAUUAGUGAAAACGCUCGUGUGAGUGCGGAAAAAUGCAUAAAUAUAGGCGGUCAAGAUCCAUCUAGUGCUGCGUGGAUACGAAUGUAUGGAGAUCUUCCGCUAUCAUGCUCGAUGUAUGUGUGCGUAAUUUUCGCAAAUGUCAAAUAUGACAACAGUGUUUUAGCUUGUUUUCCAUGUCCGCCAUUUUCUACCGUCGCCAUCGGAUGGUGAAAAUUUUCGUCUAGUAAACGGUGUAGCCCGCGGUGAUUAGGCGGUAUUGACCGCGUAAUAAGUGAGCAACGAAAGUACGGUGAAGAAUAGAAGGAUAUCGCUGUGCAGAAGUGAAUAAUAACCAGUCUCGCUUGGGAAGAUUUUUUUUUACUGAGUUGAGAAGAAAUCUCGCUCUUGCGAAGCCGAAUUACAGGCGAAGAGAAGUAAAGAGAGAGAGGUGUCAGUCUCGAAUAUAAAAAGAAGUUGAUGAAUGUGCAACAGUGUUUGUGUAUCCCAAUAUCUGCGAAUCUUUGUGUUGGUGCAUGAAAUGAAUCGAAGUAGGGAGAAGCAAAGCGCAAUCUUACCCACACAGUAAAUAACCGAAGUAGAGUGGCAGCAAAAAGCAGUGUAGAAAUUGUUUUUACCUCUCUAGUGAAAAUGUUAAGCAUAACACAACCAUGACGCACCAGAAUCACCAAACUAACGGCGCAAGUUUGGAAGAUUGCCACACCAACUUUUUCGCCCUGACCGAUCUGUGCGGUAUCAAAUGGCGUAAGUUGGUACAGGGUGAACGACCGAACGCGUCCAGCUAUCCGCUGGACGAUCCGGUCCUACGGUCCUACUCGAAAUGCCUCGAGGUGGACAUUCUGUGCGUGUGGCGGCGGGUGGCCGCCCCCAAGCCCGCCGAACAGGACCAGAAUGUGUUUGAAAUGAGCAUGCCGGGUCCGGUGACGGGCGGGUCGGUCAUCCAUCCGCCACUGUCGCUGACGGCUGCCAAAGAGCUUUGGAUUUUCUGGUACGGCGAGGAGCCGGAUCUAACGGAACUGGUCGAUCCCGAGCUGCUGAAGUCUUCCGAAGGCGACAAAGGAUCCUGGGAGGGUGGCCUAUCGUACGAGUGCCGGUCACUGCUGUUCAAGGCGCUGCAUAAUGUUAUCGAACGAUGUCUACUCUCGCGGGAUGUCGUUCGCUUGGGCAGGUGGUUCGUCCAACCGAGCUCCAACAGCGAGCGAGUAUUUGGCAAAAGCUCUCUCCAUCUGUCGUUUUCCUUCGCGUUCUUCGUACAUGGCGAUAGUACGGUGUGUGCCUCGAUGGAUAUCCGGGAACAUCCUCCGGUGCGACCAUUGAUGAUCAAACACCUUGAGGAAGCUCUAGCCCAGCAGGGUAGCAAUGGAUCCACCAACGCCACUAGUAACAGCAACAACAACUGCAGUAACCAAACGGGCAGCUCCGGUGACGCCAAACCUCGAUCAGUCAUACUGGCUCCAUUUGGACUCGCCGCAACGCUCACUGGCCAGAGCUACAAGGCCAGCGAUCCUCAGACCCAGAAGGUGCUCGAUGACUGGAGCGCUUUCUACCCGAUCUCGAACAAAAAUAUCCACCUUUCGGAGAGUGCCGAUACAGUGCCGCCCAUAGUGGAAAUUAUGACCGGCGGUGUCAAAAUGCGCUAUCCGUCCAAGUAUGUGCUGGUAACUGAUAUCGACGAUUGGUCGCCACCGUCCAGCAAUGGUUCCAAUAGCUUAAGCCAAACAUCGGUGGCCAAGUCGGCCACCGCUCAACCGACAGCUUCUCUCACGGCAGCUGUAUCCAGUGCCCUGGGUGCUCCCAACAAUGAUCUUACCACGAACAACAGCAAACAACAGUCGUCCCAUCCGGACAUGAGUAGCAAACCGCUCAUGAACCCACCGCUCACGGUACCGGAAUCUCCCUCGAACGAUCUCGGCAACCAAUACAGCAUGUCGUCGACACUCAUCAACAACUCACCGGCCGUUCUGCUGCCGGAACGUGUUUGGCAGGAUUGCAUAAUGCACGCUGCUCCCACUAUUCCACCGCCACAGCAAUCUCCGUUGGGCGAGAGCUCCGGUGGGGGCGGUACGACCGUUAAAACCGAACCCUCCUCGAAUGCAUCCUCAACUCCAACAUCUUCAUCCUCGUCGGGUUCGUCGUCCGGUAGCAGCAGCAGCAACAAUGAGAACAACUCGUCGAUGGCAGUGGCGGCAGCCGCAGCCUUGGUCGAUGCCAACGCCAACUCCGUGUGGGAAAUUACCGAUCCCACCGUCAAGGUGCCCUGUUCGUGCAUCAAGUGUAAGAAGCCGAUCAGCACUGGAACGGCAACGAGCGGUUCUUCCGGUGCCCGGAGCAGCCAAGUGCAGCAGCCCACCCUGUCCGGAUCCACUCCCGGGCGAGAUCCGACUAUUGCGGGCUGCUCGCAGUCUUCGCCCUUACCGUCAUCCGGCAAGACUAGUUCCGGCAAGCAGCCCCGAUCGCACCGGAUACCGUUCCACAAGCGACCACCUCUUUCGCAGCAGUUCCCGUUUUGCCGGUCGUCGUCGACUGCAGUUGCGACAGCUGGGGCCGCAUCGUUCGUACCUUCGUCCUCGUCCUCUUCGUCAGGAGUUUCUCCACCCGGCGACAGUCCUGAAUAUCUCGAGUCGACCCAAAGGUCCAAUCAAAAUUGCGGAGCCGGCGGAAGUACGCCGUAUGGUGGUCCUCCGUCCUACUGUCGGAACCCACUCUCGAUAGGCGACUCGCAUCCGCUGCCCUCGGAAGGAUCUCCGGCCAGUGCGGCCCCUUCACCGAUGCAACCAUCCUCGGUGUCGCAGCCAAUGUCGGUUCCAUCUGGCGAUCAGUUGAUAACCAUGUCACCGCAUCCACCUGCAUCGAACAACCCGCGGAGCGUUCAACCAGGAACACCCACUUGUCUAGACCACCUGGACAAGAACACUCCGGCUCCGACGCCUACCGAUCAACACGAUAGCAAAAGUAUUACCGCUUCGCCGUACCAUACACCGUCGCAUCCGGGCGGUGUUCUCAGCGUGGAAGCACCUUCCUCUCAACAACCACAGCAGCCUCAGGGGCAGCAACAGCAACAACUGCACCAGGGUCAGCAGCAACAGCAAUCACAUCAAUCAUCACAACCACUGUUAGGAAACAAUUUGAGCAGCACUAGUAGCAGCAGUAGUGGAGGAACGACCAACAGUAGUCCGGGGAAUCUCGCCAGCGGAGGCAACGGAAUGCUCGGCAUGAAAAUCAAAUCCGAAGGGGCACUGUUUGGAGAAGGUGGUAGCUUAACACUGGGUUCUAGUCCUAGUAUAUACAGUAGUUUACAUCCAAUCGCUAGCCAAAAUCAGGUUUCCAAACGAGAAGCCAUGCUGCAAAUCCUGCAGUCGCUCAAAAGGCCUUCUCUGUCCUCCAGGGAUUACGAAGGCAUGAUGGGAGAAGAAAGCCCCAGUACAUCUCAGGUCCUGUAUGACUAUUCGACAGUCGACGCCUGGAUGAAUCAUCCGGUGAAGCGAUUCCGAUCAAACGAAGAAACCAAACUGUCUCAACAGAUGCGAGGUAUGGAUCUGUACGCAGAUCAGAAACAUUCGGAAAAGUAUCUCCAGUCUUUACAAAACCCCGCAUCUGACGGAGCGAAUCCCACUCGACAAGAUCCACAAGACCCUUUGGCAUUACCGGAAGAUACGGAUCCUUCGACGGGCCUGUUGAACGAAAGCCAAAUCAAAACGGAAAUAGGUUGCGAGCGAAACGACGAUGAUAGCCCGAUGUUGGGAGCGCACGAGAUCAAGAAAGAAAAAGAGGACAAGGAUGACUUGUUCACAGAGCAAGGCCUUCAGCCUGGUCUGGAUGAUCUGGACCAGUUAUUCGACGACAGCGCCAACUAUCAUGACGAUUCGGAUAUGCAUGCAAACACGAGCCCAGCAUCGACGAAAAGUGGUGGCGGUUGCAUGGAAGACAUGAAAAGGUUUUCUGGAUCGGGUCACACGAACCACGGUAUGUUUAGUCCGAAGGAACUGUCGCAAAUGUUCCCAACUCCACCCAGUUUAGAGCACCAUCCCAAUUCCAGCCCGGGCGGUGGUGGUUGCAUGUCAGAUGGCAUUAUGAUAGAUACCAUGAUAGAACCGGCCGCAGCUAUUCCCAUUCUGGGAAGUCCCCAGGAAGAGCCCAUCUGUGACUGGUCGUUCGUGUUUCUUCCCCCACCAUUUUGUAAGUACGUGGGGUCUUCCAAAUACGCUCCACUUCUGCAGCUUCCAAGCCAAAUGAUGCAACCACCAAUUCCCCAACCCCCUACGUACAAAUCCAGCUCGCAGCUAAGAAAAGAGAAACAGGAACGCGAGAAACUUCUUAAACUACGAGAACUUCAGGAACAGCAAGAAGUCCUCCAACAGCAACAAGCUCAGUUGGAAAACAUUCCUCCAAACGCCGGACCUGCCGGCAACCUGAUUCCCAAACAGGAAACCCCACUAACCGUACCGCAACCACUCAGCACACCAAAUUCUCUUAGUUUCAAUGGCGCUAGCCAUCCGUACUCGAACCCACCUUCACAGGGACCACAACCCCUAUCGAGGCCACCCUCAGUAAAUUCUCUUCCUGGUGGAAUGAUCGGUUCCGGAGGUAACAUGAUGAGUCCUUCGCCGAUUCAUAACGGACUCAUGAACAACACUUUGUUCCAUCCGGGCAUGGGAAUGAACGUUCCUCUCCGACAAGGAAUGUCCCCAAUAUCUCCAGCAACUCCUGGAGGUGCUACACCGGGAAGUAGUUCAAUGCGUGUACCCACUCCUCAAGGUUCCUGCCCUCUUCCGUAUCCAUCACCCAUUGGUGCCAGCGGAGGGUCAAUGCCCAUCAACAACAUCGGCAGUCCUUUCCGGCGGACGCCAAUUCUUCCACCUCCACCGUACGAUGUUGCUGUGGCAUCUCCAGCUACCUCUACCACCUCAUCCUACAAUAACAAACAAUUCGGAAUGGAUGACGGACCAGCAACGCCGUCAGCCGCUGGCAAUAGUGCUCCUGCUCAACGGAUAACCAUCGAAACCAGUGCCCUCCUGGUGAACGUGCUCCUGUACGACACCUCGCUCAAUAUCUUCCGCGAUCAUAAUUUCAACAGUUGCACGCUGUGCGUGUGUAACGCGGGUCAAAAGUGUGUGGGAAACAUCCGUGGAGCCGAUUCGGGUCCUUAUCUGGCGCUUCCGGGUACGAGCUUCCUCGGUAGUGGGAAAGGUGGUGGUUCAGCUAGCGGUAAUAGCAGUGAACGAGAGGCCGCCAAAUCGACGCCUUCAUCAUUAUCGCAGUUUAACGGGAACAAUCACAACAACAACGGUGCCUUUGGAAUGGUGGAUUCGCCGGCCGGUGCUGGCAGUGGUGGUAAUUCGUCAGGUGUAGUGGCCAUCAACACGAACAACUUACAAAAUGGAUAUCUCGACGAGGAUCCAAUCAAGUGUACGUGUGGUUUCAGUGCGUUGGUGAACCGAAGGCUUGCCCACAGGGCAGGUCUGUUCUAUGAAGACGAGCUGGAGAUCACCGGUAUGGCGGAAGAUCCAGCGGUGCAUAAGAAGAACUCGCUGCUACAGUUCUUGCUUGGCAAGAGUGACUACAACAGCAGCGGUAUCAACUGUGAUAUUUCCCCUCUGCCGCUUCGGAUCAUAGAUCUACUGCGGCAGCACUGUGCAGUCAUUCAGAGUUCCAGCAACUCUAUCCACCGAGCAGUGGCUCGGUUCCAAAGUGCAAUGCCAGCCAAAAGCUUGGCCAACGCUACCGUACAUAUAUUAGAGUACACCGAUGCCAACGAUGUAAUCAGUUUGGCACUGGAACAAAGUAGAUUGCAGGCAAUUAACGAAAUAAAGAUAGAAGACAGUGCUCUGGUCAAAUCAGGACUUCUGCGAGGGGUGAUGAAUGUACAUAAAUGGCCGUACCUUAGAGCGGGAGGACCUAAGAGCAAUCAGGAUAUUGUACGAAUAAUGAAAUCCAUGCAACCGCUUCUACAGGAUGCCUUCCAUAAAAAGUGUACAACUCGAUUGUGGGACGCCCCGUACACGAUACAGGGACCACUGACUUGGCGUCAGUUCCAUCGACUGGCUGGACGAGGUACCGGCCAAUGCGAACCUCAACCCGUUCCUUCGUUGGUCGUCGGCUACGAAAAAGACUGGCUUUCACUAUCACCAUAUGCCAUUCAUUACUGGGAUAAGCUACUUCUCGAACCGUACUCUUACCCGCGAGACAUUGCCUAUGUAGUUGUCCUUCCGGAUAACGAUUUCGUCGUAUCCAAAGUCAAAACCUAUUUCAAAGAACUUAGUACAACCUACGAGAUGUGCAAACUUGGCCGGCACAAUCCCAUCAAGGGAUGGGACGGAAUCCUCCGUGUGGGCUCAAAUCGAGUUCUCAAAGAAACACAAAAUUCAAACAUGGACGAAUGGUUUACCAGUUUAGGGGACACGCGGUUGAGUGAAAUGCUUCGACUGUAUGCACAAACCUGUCAGCAGCAGUUGGCUCCAUACCUAUCGAAAGUUCCGACGGACAAAAGUUUACUCGAUCCACCAGAGAACCAUAACAUCUCCGCUUCGGCGCACGCCUUGUCCUUAGCACAAGCCAGUUCCACGCCUAAUCGGGAUGGACCAGGACAAAGUCCAAUGCCGCCUCCACCUCCCAGCACGCCGGAUCCAUCACAGCCGGGAGACAAGGCUCCCAGCACACCAAAGUCCGAUAAUGAUCAAGAAAACCGUGAUACCCUCAACACCUCGAGUACAAGUCCGGCCGACCGGAUGCAGCACGAUGAUGACGGCAAGGAACCGCCGCAUAUCGUUCUGUACAUGGUGGAACCAUUUACCUGCGGAACAGAUGCGCCGGAAAUCGAACGACUUGCUUGCUUGUCGCUUCUCCGCUGCUAUUCGAACAUCCUCAACACGGUGCCAGACUCCAUCCGAAGUAACAUCAGCGUACAGCUCAUCUCGCUGGAGAGCAUCAUGGAGCUUGGGCGAAGUCGGAAUCGGUUACGGCUGAGUGAUCACAUGCGCAGUCAGGCGUUGAGUAUAUUUUCACAGAGCCGACGCUACAUGCAGCAUCUGAAUAACGUGAAGAGCCUAACCGGUUUCGGAACGGCCGCCAAUGCCGAACAGUUUAUGAAGAACAAGGAUGAGAAGAACCGAGCGCCGUACAAACUGUACACUCCACCGUACGUGUUGGCUAAGCUGUGCGAAAAGAAGGAAAGCUCGGAAUCGUUUGGUCAAACCAGCAUCAAACAGCAAUGCUCGAUUAUGUACUGCAACUACUGUUUGAGCGAAGAUCAAUGUUGGCUUCUGGCGGUGGCAACUGACGAUCGGGGGGAGUUCUUGGAAACGACUACCAUCAAUAUCGACAUUCCGAAUCGCGUUCGACGGAAACGUGCAUCUGCGCGGCGGUUGGGACUUCAAAAACUGAUGGACUUUAUCUUAGGUCUAAUCUCACAAACAGUGCAACCCUGGCGAAUCGUUAUCGGCCGCAUCGGUCGGAUAGGGCACGGGGAAUUGAAGGGCUGGAGUUGGCUGCUAGGCAAAGAGAAUCUGCGGAAAGUCUCCAAACAUCUCAAGGACAUUUGCCAGCAGUGUUCGCUGCUACAUCCGGUUUCAGUACCGAGCAUCUUGAGUGCCUGCUUGGUAACACUGGAACCGGACUCGGAAUUGCGCGUGAUGCCCGAUCAGUUCACACCGGACGAGCGGUUCAGUCAGUUGUCGAUGCAGUCUCCGUUGACGACCCCACAGGAUGUGACGUGCACGCACAUUCUGGUGUUCCCGACCAGUGCGAGAACGCAGUCUGCCCAGUCGGCGUUCGUGGCGGAGCACAUCAACGAUGAAUUGGAGUUGACACUCGGAGGAAAUCUCGACGAUUUGGGUCUCGGAGAUGAAGGCGAUGGAGACGGUAUAGACGGGUUCGACGAUUUGUUCAACAAUUGGGAAGAUAUAGAGAUGCCACAGAGAAUGCCGCAGGAUUCCCGACAGGGCAGUCCGGUGGGACAGUUUGAGACACAGCGACAGACUCCGGGCGACAGUGGUUCAAACUGUGCGCAGAAUCUCAAUGGCUACGCGGCACAGGAGGCGGAAGAUGUCGGUUCCCUGGCGCAACAGCCGAUGGCCAUCGGGUACCUAGUGUCCACCGCCCCAACUGGCCGCAUGCCGCCAUGGUUCUGGUCGUCCUGUCCGCAUCUGGAAAACGUCUGUCCGGUGUUCCUACGGAUAGCGCUGCACCUCAACAGUUUCCAAAUCCUGCAGAACAACGACGAUCCGAUGGUGCAGUCGCAGUCCACCACCGAGCACCCGCUGGACUCGAACAUGACCGCCGAUGUGUUGCGCUUCGUCCUGGAAGGGUACAACGUCCUCUCCUGGCUGGCCAUGGAUUCGAACACUCACGAUCGGUUGUCCUGUUUGCCGAUGCACGUGCAAGUGCUGAUGCAGCUGUACCACAUGAUGGCCUCGUUGGCGUAAGGUCUUUCCCGAUUGGAGGACUACGAACCCUCCUCAUUGCUCUGUCUGUGAUAUUAGGUAAAAUGGUGGGUGUAUGUGUGUUUAUGGAGGGGUUGCUUUAGGAGAGAUUGGUUUUCUUAUGUGAUUGAACGAUGAACCGACAUGGAGCCAAGAUCUGGUUUUAUACAAGUUUAUAAGUUGUAUUAAUUUAUUGAUUUUAUAAUAUUUUUUUUUGUUUAGGCAGUUUCCCAAUUGCAAGUAUUUGUCCGCUUGGUUAGUGCAAGCGGAUGAACUGCACUUAAGUAAAAGUUUACAUUGAAAGUGAGAUUGUUCGAGAUACUUUUGAACAGUAUUUUAAUUUGUUUACUUUUUAUAUAGCAACAGCAAAGCAUACAACCUGAAGAGAUUAAAAAGUUAAAAUAUUAACUGAGCUAUUAGGGAACAUUGCAAUCAUAAUCUUUCAAUUGUGUUUUGUAUACCCCUUAGUGUAAAUUCGAAAUCUUGUGUAUGUAAAUAUAGUAAAAUGUCAAUUUAGGACGCGAGGAAAAGAGGCUGCAGGGAAUAGUUAAUGAAUGAGGAUGGUUUUGAAAGUGCAAGCUGUUCUAACAUUUAAUAGAUUUUUUUUAGCUACAACAACCUAGAUUUGUGCAGCGUAAAUUUCCAUCAUCAUUUUGCGUUCCUGCGGUCUCGAGAGAUGAGUCUCUAGGGCAUGCUAGUUAAUUUAUCAAUAACCAUAAGUGUUAUUCACUUGCAGUAGGAACAAGUAUAAAAUGCACUUCUGAAUUUAUAGAUUGACUUUGUAGGGUUAAAAUAAUAUUGUAUAGGUAAGUUUAACUCAGUUUCUUCAAGUAGGAGGAAUUGUCAUGAAACAAAAACACUUGUAAAUGUUGUAGAUAUUUUCUAAAUUUAGAAAAAGAAAUUUUAGCCAAUAAAACGAAACAAAAUCUGAAUCAGACAUACAACUAGUGCUAGUAAGGUUAUUUUUAAGCUGACCAGCAUAAGCCAUGAUAUGGCACAACUUACGCAAAAAGAGACCAAAACUAAGCUCAUGUAAAUAGUUAAAUUUAAGUGUGAUAUUAUUUCUUUAGAAUCGUCUUUACCAAGACACAUUCAACUAAAUAAAUAAAAGAAAUAGCUCGUAAGUGAGUAACACUGCAGUUGCAAUCUAUAGCAAAACAUGAUCUUUUACUCAAAGUACUAAAGCAGCAGAAAUGUGGCAGGCAGGAAUCGAAUCGAAAUCAAAACUAGCAUGAACUACGCACUCUAUUUGUAGGAAAUGGCCAAGUUUUGAACAAUUUUGACAAGGAUAGGAAGUAAAGUAUUAGGUGAACUGCAAAGACAGAAAAGUAUAGAAAUGGAAAUCAAACCUAGAUUCGUCAAGAAGUGUAGAUAUGUAUAAAAAGGAAUCAUCAAUUUACUUGUAAGGAAACAAAAACUGAAAUUACACAUAUUUAAUAUGAGAAACACUAGACAAAGGAAGGAAAACAGUAGUAAUUCUAACAUAAGUUUAGGCCAAAUUGUAUUGAAACAAAAAGAAAAGAAACUAAAUGAAACAGAGAAACCAUAGUUCUAAACUGAGUAGUUAUAAAGAGAACGUAAAUUUAAGAAACACGAAACACCGAAAAAUGAAACAUGUAGAAAAAGAAAUAACAAUGAAUGGUAGAGCAACAGAGAGAAAAAAGAACACAGAAAACAAGCAUAUACAUUUAAGAGAGGAACACUAAUACUUACACUAACACCUUUGAAGGGCGUGUCUUGUGAGUGUGUCUGGUUUACACGAUUGGAUUGGAUUAUUUAAAAGGCAGAAAAUAUUGUAUGUACCAGUUUGCGCGUGUGAGUGAGCGUGUGUGGAUGUGAUUUCGAACAAAUGACCUAGAUAAAGCAAAGCAAAACAAGAUGGAAAAACAAGUGUACGAAUUGAGAAUAUUACUAUUACAAUUAUUAUUCGACACACACACAUACACACAACAAAAAACAAAACAACCUAUAGACAGUAAGGAGAACAAAACAAGAAUGAACGCUGUAAAGAAAAACGUAAAUUAAUUACUGUACAAUUGAAUGAAUUAUUAUAUAAACUAUUAAUACUUGUAUAUGUUAAGGUUUCGUUUACAAAAAAAAAAAACAUGAAAAUAAAUGGAACAUUAUUGAA